AACAAACAAAAACUCUUCUUCACGUGGUCCACGAGUACGUUUAUUGUGAAAAGUCCAUGCAACCGGAAGUGUCCCAGGCAACUUUCCCAGCUGGUCUCAGACAAAGCGGAGAGUGGGUUAUGGUAGGAGAAGAAGCGCAUCGACCUCCGGAGAGCUGCUGCUGCUGCUGCUGACGGGGACUGAGAAGAUGUCUGUGGACGAGGUGUACGUGUUCCGGCCCUUCAAGCUGAUCGCCCUGCUCUGCGUCUUCCUGGCGCUGUGCCUGGACGUGGUGGCUCUGCUGAGUCCAGCCUGGGUCACCGCCGAGCAUUUCUCCCUGUCUCUCUGGGAGUCCUGCUCCCAGUCCGAGGCUCGGCAAGCCGCGGAGGAGGCUGCGUGGAGCUGCUUCUCCACCCUCACAUCUGACUGGCAGAUCGCCACCCUGGUGCUCCUGGGGGCCGGCGCCAUCGCGACUCUGGUGGCGUUUCUGGUGGCCCUCAUUUCCCUCUGCUGGGGUACGAAGAGGCAGCACUACCGCAUUGUGGCGGUGUUCCUCUUCACUGCAGUUGUUUUGCAGGCCUGUGCCCUGGUGCUCUACCCAAUCAAGUUUAUUGAUGGAACGGUUCUACAGACCUAUCAUGAGUUCAACUGGGGCUACGGACUCGGCUGGGGAGCCACCAUUUUCAUGCUGGGCGGAGGGAUACUCUUCUGCCUGCGGACGGACAUUUACGAGGACGCCAUGUACUAGUGAAAUCCCUGCCACGCUGCUGAAAACGCAAACAUAAACCCACAGAAACUUCUCUUUGCUCUGCACAGGGCCAGUACGUGAGCAGACCCCAUGUCUCGUUUCUGCCUCCUGUCUUGCUCUUGCUGUUAUUUUUAGACAGGUUGUGAAGGUGCUAUUUAGGGCCGGGGCUGCGAGAAUCGAUCUCCGCCUCCAUCCUGCAGUCACACUCAGCUGCCGGUGGCGUUUGGUGGAGGGGGCGAGGUGGCAACACUAAAGCACAGAGUUUUCUGGACUGGCUCGGACUGCUGGACGUUUCCAGGAUGUUUAUUGUUAGAAAUGACACAGACCUGAAUGUGCUGGGGCUGACUAUUCACCAGGACUGACUGAUCUCCACAUUUCUGUUUUUUAUUUUAUUUUUAUAGUGUAUUUAUGGCAUAAUUUCUCUCUUUCCUGAUAUUCAGUGUAAAUUCCCCCUGUUUAAACUAAAACAUGUCUAAUAAGUGUAAAUUAGACCAUUUUUUUUAGAUGUGUAGCCUCUGAAAAACAAUCGCAGUAGUUUGUCCCAUAAAAUCUACAAUACAAAAUA